AUGGAAACAUGGCGGAACAGAGGCUUCGUCCCGGACUCAGAUGAAGACGAGGAUUUCGAGAGCCAAGAGUCGAGGAAGGGAUAUGCUGAGCAACGAAACUCUGUUCUGGAUGAUAACGAUGAUGUUGGAUUUCAGCCGGCUGGAUCUGGUGGAAAUAACAAGAAUGGUGGCCAGGACAAAGAGGACCGGGAACAAGACCAUCAUUCGCAGUCGGUGGAGCUAGAGAAAUAUGUCGAGCAACGAAAUGCGAUAUGGGAAAAUGGUGAUAGUGUCGGAUCACAGCUAUCUGGGUCUGACGUAAAUGUCAAAGAUCAUGAGGAGGACAAGAACAUCCGUGCACAAGAACAGCAUUCGCAGUCGGUGAAAUCGCAUUUAAAUGAUGCAGAUACCACUAGACGUGCCGAUAGCAAGACUACAACGGAGAAGUCUUCUAUACUGGACGCACUCCUAGACGGCGACGAUUUUACUAGUCUGUCCGAUGAUGAGCUCCAAGUCGUUAGCGUUGUAUCAGAAAGGCCGACACCCGGCCACGCACUUGGCUUUGCGGAUAUCCAGAAUGAUGUGAUAUUUUCUGAUGAUGAAGACCUCUCUUCCAUUUCUCCUCCUCCGUCAACUCUGGGUUCAACACAAUCAAGCCAGCGGGUUCGCCGAGCGAAUGAAGAGCAGGUUCCGGAGCCAGAGCACUCUGAGACGACCCGGACCAUUAAUCGUGUGGAUGACACAGUGUUCGAAGCUAUGCCAACUACCAUAUCACUAUCAGACACACACACAGAGGAUCAAAACGAAGCAGAUCAACCCAUACGACGAUCAUUUCGUGCCAGAAAAGAGAUACAGUUACAUCCGUAUCAAUUGGAAGAUGCCAAGUAUAAAACACUAUUCAGAAAUGCGGGAAUCAAGCCAGUUCGUGUGACUAUUGAGGAUGCUGCUCCUAGAGAUCUUCAGGAAGAAAGUCAAGAGAGUAUAUUUGGUGCUCCAGAACCUCCAAGCAGCCCUGCUAGCGUCUUCAGCUUCCCACAGUCCUCGCCGGUCCCAUGUAACUCACCAGCUUCUAUUAGAAGACGACGGACCCCUAAAGCGAGAACCCAGUUGACACCUGAACCGGCACAAGCUCAUUCACAGAAGAGGAGAAAAUUGUUUCAUGACAGCCAUGGUAAAAAGCGGAAAGAACAAGCUUCAUCUAUUAGUGUUGUCAUCGAGCAGCUCGACAUUCCAGUUGUUAACAAGACUACCCAAUCUACGCAAUUUCCGCCAUCACCACCUUGUUCAGGGAGCCUGUCGUCUGUUACGUAUGUGGGCAAGGAUGGAUUCCGCUUCCCUCGGGGAUUCAUCCCUCCAACAGCAAUAUCUACGACAACAACCCAACCAAUCUCGAUAGAUGAUGAGCCAAUGAUCAACGAUGAGAUACCAAGCGAUGUAUUCAUCAAUGCUGAUGACCACGUCUUAUUACCACAGUCAGGCAAGGAGGAUGAACCGGUCGAUCGUAUCUCGUUCCAAGGUUCAGACGAAGAAGAUGAAGGGGAGGAAACCGAACCAGCAGUCCCGGAUGUCGAAGUCAAGCAAUACCAACGUAAAAUAAAGGGAGUUCUACCGGCUUCUUGGUUAACGUUAGAUUUAAGAAACAAAAUUGAAAAGCCCGGCCAUUCGUCAUCAGAAAGGCAUCAGCGAUCGCACAGUACCCAUGCCAAACCACAGAAAGGCGUGGCCAGGACGGUUUCUCGACCACGAAGUACUGCUCUUCAGUCGCCCACACCGCGAUCAACCUUUGCGUUUCUGCAAGAGUCAUUAGGUUCGGAUGAUGAUAGCAGUAAUAUUGAUAUCUCACCUGCCAAAAACAUUCGCAAGCCCCCGGUCGAUUUGAGAAACUUUUACGAUCUUACUAAUGACAUUGAUGAUGAUAUUCCUGAAGAUAACAGAAUUGACGAGAUGUUCCCCCCUGUACCUCGGUUAUCUGCUGGUCAAAGGAAAGGGCAUUUGGGCAAGACCACAACUUUCAAGAGAAAGCAGGUCUCUUACAAGAACAAUCAAACGCCAAAAAGUCGUCCGCCUCGGCAGGCACGGCUUGACCACCCACCCCGUCCUCCGAAGCGCAAAGUUCAGAAGCCAAGAAUACCGAAGCUAAGCAUUCUCGAUGCUCCAGAUGUAAUUUCUCGGCCCCGCAAAGAGCAGCCUCAGUUUCUACGAGUUGCAACCAGGCAAGCACGCUCGAGAAAGGAUCAGGGAAGAUCAAGCCCAAGCAGAAAGGUUUUCAAUAUGGCCACGCGAGAAGAGACAAAAGAAACAAAUGGAGCCCUGUGGGAUUGGAAAAGGGGGGCUAUGAAGCAGGCAAAGCUAUCAGUUGCCAGCACUCCGAGAAGUACUCGUCAGCCUCUUCAAAAUCUUUCAACAAACACGCCGAAUCCUGGCGUGGUUCAAGACUCAUCCACCGAGGCACCACCGAGAUUCCUAGAGGAGCUUGAUUUGGCGUCGGAAAACGUAUCAUCUGCACAUUCGGCGACUGGACGUCCUGCUAAGAGACAGGUCAUAUCCGCAACCACAAAUCGAUCAAGGCUUGUCAGGAGGAACGUUAUCAAUAGGAACCAUGCCAUCACUUCGCUUAGAAGGGACGCCGUACGACCUGCAGAAUUCGAAGUUGCUGGUACCGAACCAUCCGAUUCUCCUUAUGCAUUCUCAGCCUCCCUGGCUGCACUGCACAGAACGGAUCGCAAGCGAACAUUCACUCUAGACCGUUUUAUUGCCGCAAUUGGACCAUCUGAACAAGAAUCAGCACAACCUAGCCGGCCUGUCAAUCGGACCAUAUCCGAUCUUCCGGCAAACCUGAAUUCAGCACGGAAGAAAGUAUCAAGGAAACGAGUUCCCACUCGUGCAGAAAUUAGUGAUAUCGAUCCCAUGCCACAAAUCACAGCCUCCUGUGUACCAUCCAAAAACAUCUUCGCUGGUUCAGUUGACGAUAGCACCGGUUCAAGCUAUACAUUAUACGGCUUCAGGAAUUUCAGAGUCUUUUCCGUGGAUUUCAACAUCCUACCCAUUCGAAAGGGCACGUUCUUCCACGACUCUACCUUCAUCGGCGAAGGUGGACUUUCACGGUCACUGAAUAUCAAUGCAAGAAAUAUGGAUCAGGACUCAGGCGUUGCAGUCAUCGAGUCAGGCGAUCAAGUCUUCCGCUGGGGCGCUUGGACUGAAGAGAUAUCUUCUGAACUUGGCAUAAUAUUUGAUAAGAUCAAGAAUAGCACACGGGAACAUGAUUCAUUGUCGGGAACUUCUCUCAAUUCGGAUCCUUUCACGAGUCUCACUUCCGUCAUUGGAUGGAUCACCGAUAAACUGCAUUUCAUUGAUCCUGUCGAUCGAGUUACCUUCAUCGAGCGCGUGGAGCUCCUGACCUGCGAUUUGCGAAAUCAUAUUGCAACGGCAAACCACGCGGAUCAGCAUGGUUGGAAGGUUCAUUUGCGGUUAGCAAAUCUAACCGCAAUCCUCUCUAAUCAAUUACGCCAAGUUGCAGCUCAUGAAUCAGUGAAUUCCUCCAAGCGAGAAAGCACUUUGAAUCUGGUCAAGACUAUUUCCCACCAGCUCCUCUCUUUCGUGUUCAGUCAUCAUGGUUUGCAGAACAUUCGCCAACUUUACCAGAAAAAUCAAAAUGCCAAGUUUCAUGAAUCUGGAAUUCGCGAUGGUUUUCCUGCCGUCGAAGCUUAUGUCAUUUUACUCCAGAUUUUAGAUUCAUCCGAAGAAUUUAGAGGAUGGUGGAAUGAGUUGUUAUUAUCGUCAUUUGUUGAAAACAGGGUAUCAUCCUCCAACAUUGAGCAUCUGGAAGAGGUUUGGGAGAUGAUUUUCACUACGCUACCGCUGAACGAGAUCGACAAACUUGGCCUUGGUCAUCCUGGCCUUCGCUUUUGUGACAAGCGUGAUAAUUGGCCUAUAGUUCAGGCACUGGUUUCCAAAGUCCUGGAUGCAUAUAUUGUUGAUCCUGUUCAGCCUGUACACUAUAUCAACUACUGCCGCGUUGUGUUCCAGAGGUGCCUUCUUCUAAUGGUGUCUUGGGGCUGGCGCCAUUGUAAGGGCAUCUUGGGCAUAUUGUUCGACUUUUAUGCCAAAAACAUGAUGUACAAUCUCAAAACUGAGCAAAGUUUUGGAUCUCCAUCAUUUCUCGAAUCGCUUGAUACAAACCCUACUAUUGAGAUCGAACAUGGCGAUUCAUCGUUUCAUCUGUUUCUUAAAAUUAUCGCCAGCGGCCUUCGCUACCUGUCUCAAAUGCACGAUAAGAAGACGAUGAGAAACAUCGCAUGGCGGCUUCUCCCUAAUCAUGGACGGGCUUAUCCGAAAGAAAAAUCGUUGAACCAUGAAGACCUCGACGCCUUGCGAAAUCAUCACGACCUUCUUUGUACCCUGUACUGGGGUGUUCCUGACGGUUGUCGACCCAGGCCUGAAACUAUUCGCAAUCUGAUUGAUCCUGCAACAUCCCAUUUGGAAACCUGUAACCUGAGCAUUCGCUCGUGGAGGAGACUGGUACACUUUAAGCUGUCAACGAAUGAAGAAGAUACUGGUUUGAAGCCGUUUGCUGACUGGUAUAAGUCAUUCACUUCUGAGGUUGUUCGACAACACCAACUUGCGAAAACUGAGGUCGAGGCGCAAGCCAAGGACCAAAUGCAAUUCUCGAAACAGGAUGUGGAGUUGACUGUAUCACACAAUCAACGACGUAUUGAAGCCUUGAUUUCUUCAACUAUCGCAGCGAUGGACUCGUCCAUUCAGUCGUCAAGAACGUUCAGCCAAGCUUGCCUUCUUGCAGAGAGUGUCCCUAUCGCGAAGCUAUUUGAGCUCUUUGACCCAGCUAAUUCGAGAGUUAACCCUAUCAUCAGCGAAACACUCCAGCUCGUUAUCACCUUUCUCACAAAGGACUCACCCCCCAUCAAUACUACGACUCCUACUAUAAACGAUGACAGUCAGGAUUAUGGUGAUUGGUCAGUUAUUGAAGAAGUAUACGAUGACAGCAUCACAGAGCCUGUCGUACAGCCCGUUGUACCUUCUACGGCAUUUUUAUACCUACAGGAAGUCAUUCAACCGUGUGUCUCAGAACUACUUUCCAAUUGUUUCGGUGAAGAUCGGUCUCCAGAAGAUUCCUUGCUUCUGAAAUUAACAGAAGCCUGGUCAUGUCUGGCGCAGGCUUCCGUGAGGAGCGGACUCCAGCACUGGGAUAGCUACCUCAAUCCUUAUAGUAGGAACUCUUGGACUACACUCCGCAUGACGCCUCAGACUAAGAAAUUUGGUCCUCAGUUCCUGGCAAACUGUAUUGAAAGAGACAGUCGAUUCUUCUUUGAUUGCAGACUGCAGAUUCUGACAAUGUGGGCAUCAUCUCUAGUGGAAAGAACUUCCGCACUAAAAUUUCAGCACCGCCUCACGGAGGUGCUUUUGAAUGUUGAUCAGACAUCCUUGACGAGGAAUCUACCUUUCUAUCGUGGGGCGGAUGGUCGAUACCAUGUUACAUUGUCUGAACUCACUGAAAGACGAAUUUCAUUGAUUUCAAGUCUAUUGUCAAAUAUGCGGGAACAUCUGCAAGCUCUAGAAAACUCUGGCUCACCGAGCAGCAAAGCAAUUGAUGAGUAUAGAGAAAUUGUUGACGCUUUGAUGACAUCGAUGAAGACAAAUUACCAAGAGCUGGGCCAGUCAGGAAGGGCCGUCCAAGGCCAGUACGUCGAAUUCGUGCACUCGAUAAUUAGUCUCCUGCAGCAACAUGCCCAAUCAAUCUGCCGCCUGGACAAGUUCUUCACAGAUCCGGCAACGUUCCCCCUUCCAUCCAAUGACCCUGGGUACUUUGUCGCAAAGUUGAAAAGUUACGGUGUCCGACUUCCUGAAGCAAAGGCUGCUAAAGAGUUAGUGAACUUCAUGCAGGUUCUGUGUGAACGGGCGGCUUUGGAUGGCAGGCAAAAUAGCCUUGUCGAUCAGCUUAGUGAGAGUAUGGGUGACACAUAUGAGUGCGGCAACACCAAGACACCAACGCUGCGGUCAUUCCUAUUCCAUUGUUUGUUUCCGGCUUAUAUGGAGUGUGCCCUGAGCAAUGCUGCUGCUUGGAUCCUGGUGUUACCGAUUAUGAAGGCCGUAUCUCGAGCGUCUCGGGACUUGCUUUAUGAUAUUGAUAUCAACGACUCUGACUGCAUCAAAUCAGUCAACAGUAUGUUUGGUGCCAUUUUGCAAGCUGUUAGGCAAAUAAUGCACAUCUUUCUCGAUCAUGCGGAAUAUACCAAAGAGCCUCGCGCAUUACUAGUUCUCACAUCUUGUGUUGGGAUUAUGCGUGCAAUGGUUCCAGUCCUCGACUAUAUCCGCCGAAACCAUCAUUCCGAUAAUUGUAACACGUUCAUACUGGAAACACUAUGCAGAUACACAACCGUUAUUGUGGAAAGACUAUAUGAUCCCUUUACCAUGGUGGACCUAGACGGGGAUACUACACCUUCCAGCGAGCCCGUCGACAGUAUCCAGUUGAAUUCUCUGUUUCUCGAAUCUCGUACAUUUGCAAUCCGAGAGAUCAAAACGUCCCUCCGGAACUGGUCAAAACAUGGUGAACGAUAUUUUAUACUUCGCGGACGAGACUCUAGAGAGAUAAACUGUGAUAUUAUCACAUCAAGAGACGUUGUCGACAUUCAUUAUGCAAAGUCUUCAUUUGUUGAAGUGGCAAAUGCGUUUCUACGUCGUUGGGAGUCAUUCGAUCAGAUGGAUGUGCAAUCUCCUUCGGACAACAAUUUCGAAAAAUCAACAGCUUACGAAUUACUAGGGGAUGGGUUUAAUGACCUGAUUUUAUGA